AAUAAUAGCAGUUUCCAUGAACCCUUGUCGUCAAAACAUCGCGUUGAUAAUUGUAUUUACUUUGAGUUUCGACCAUCGGACCGCCGCUCCAAAUGUAGAAAUCAAUCCAGUGCAAUUUUCGGACGAGUUUGUGGAUUUUCUGCAGAAUAUGGAGUCACGUGUUUAUAAAUAUAGGCAGAAAUACGUUGAGCCCAGCACGACAUCGACGGAGGCUUAUUACAUAUUGUGGCCGACGGCGGAACCAGUCACCACAAAGUCUGUAAAUACGGUUCGCAAGUCAUCGAACAGCGUCAACGGCAUCCUAAUGAUGAAGCUUGUCGCCUUCUACGAGAACAAAUACACACUCAACCCUGUCGUGCCCACCACGACCAACGCACCGUUCCCGGUCGUGUCGACACCGGAGCAGCGUGGCGUCAUGCAGUACCGGGCUAUACAAUCGUUAAUGGUAAUCUAGAACAGCGUGCGUAGCCGAAUGUACAAACGCUCACGAAACGAAACGCUCGUAAAUAUCUAUCUCUAUCGCUCUUGCGUAUUGGCGCGACAGAGCCAGACUACAUUUAGCGGCGCUUCGUUUUCGUUUUGCGUCGUAGAAAUGCCAUUCGGCUACGGGGCCUGAAUAAUGAAGAUUGGCGUUUUUUAUCUCGCCAAUAGGUACAUAAUAACACACUACUUUAAGGGUCGGUUGCACCAAACCGUCUGUCAUUGUCAUCAGCGUUCUCUUAACUGUUUAUGUGGGAAGUUCCAUGCUAAGAUGUGUGUGAACGACGGUCGCGCG